UGUCAGACAGUAUUAUUGUUGCCGCGUGCGCGAAGGUUUGAGUAGCAGAUGUGUCUCGCGGUAUGCUAAUUAUUUAUGCCGUCGCCACAUUCUGUAUCUCUAGCAUCGCAAUCGAGCUGCUGGGAGGGACUGUCAAUUCGGAACACGUGUGCGCUGUGUUUGUGACAUGAAGUGAAAAUUGGCCAAUUUAACAAAAAUAAAUAAAAAAGGUGUGGUUAUAAUUAAUUGUUGAACCUGCAUUACAUUUUACUAAACAUAACAGUGAAGAGUAAUAAACACAUUUUUCUACUCGUUGGGAAACAAUACAGAGGCAAAAAGGCGGCUGCGGUUCUCGCGCCCGCUGGCACCACCCUUUACUUCCUCGAUCAUUCAUGAGGUGACGAGGCGAUGUGAAGCCCCGAAGCCGGCCGCCAUGCCCCAACACCGCUGAUGGAGACGAGCGUGUCUGUUGGCAGCUGGGGCCUCCCCAAGCAAGCGGCUCCCGCGGACCCUGGCGGUGACGUGGCUUCGGGCUCCGUUACUGUCAUCAGCGUACACCACGGUGGCGACAACAUCGGAAGAAACAACAAGUAUUAUUCAUCCUGCAAUGGUAACGCGCAGGCGGAGGUGAGCAAAGCACCCAGCGAGCCUCUCAAGACGCCGAGCACCGCCAACGUCAUGCCUUCGCAGGACGAAGACGACGCCUCGGGUUCCGACGGCGAAGUCAGCAAGAUCGACUUCACAGGUGUGAAUCUGCGGACCAAGAAGAAGAGAGUUGUGGGUGAAGACUCACAAGAUGGCUUCGAGGAACCAGAGCGGCCUAUGUCAUGGGAGGGAGAGCUGUCAGAUGCAGAGAUGAGUGCUGUUACUGCAGGACACAACAAACAACUGCCUGACCAUGAGGAAACGUCAAUGGAAGGGGUACAAGUCUGUUCCAACAGCAGUACAAGCCUUCGAGAAGAGGGAAAACCUCCCACAAAAUUUCCAGACACUGCUCAGCGUGGAGAUACAGGCAGCAGUAGCAGCAGUGACAAGUGCUCGGAUGCAGUGAGAGGGGCUGGCCCCACCACAGGCUGCAGUGAGCUGCCCCUGCUGGUUGACCGGCUGCUGGCUCAGAGGCACCCUCACCUAGGAAAGCCAUCACCCAGUCCUGAUUCUGCAAUCCAUUCUGCGUACUCGUACUCCUCACCUGCACAGAGUCCUGUCACCAGUCGCAGCAGCCACGGUAUUCAGUCGUCUGGUUUUAGUUCGCCAUACACACCAUCUCUAUCACGAAACAAUUCAGAUGCGUCACAGUAUGGCGAUUCCAGUUGCUACAGUUAUGGAGGACUUCCUUCUUCAGGCUUCAGUUCUCCAUAUACUCCAUCACUCUCUCGAAACAAUUCGGAUGCGUCCCAGUAUGGAGGUUCACAACACAGCAGUUGUUACAGUUAUUCACCCACACAAUUUUCCCCCAGUCAUUCACCAAUACAGUCUCGACAUCUGCACAACUUCUCAUCGCCCGUGUUGCCGAGAGGGCCAGUUUUGUAUGGAGGUCAUGCAGCACCUAGCACUGAAGUUACAGAUGAACGAGAGAGUAGUGCCAAUAUUCUGGAUGACAAAAUGUCUACCCUGGCAUCAGACAUGGUGCAACAGCAUUCUGCCCUUGCUGCUCCUCCUGGAAUUUCUAGGCAGCAGCUUAUCAACAGCCCCUGUCCAAUAUGUGGUGAUAAAAUUUCUGGCUUCCAUUAUGGAAUCUUUUCAUGUGAAAGCUGUAAAGGAUUCUUCAAGCGAACAGUGCAGAAUCGCAAGAAUUAUGUCUGUCUUCGAGGAUCUUCUUGUCUCGUUACAAUCUCAACCAGGAAGAAAUGCCCUGCAUGUCGCUUUGAAAAAUGCCUAAAAAUGGGGAUGAAGCUUGAAGCCAUCAGAGAAGACCGAACCCGUGGCGGUCGCAGUACCUACCAGUGCUCAUAUACGCUACCACCUAGUUUGGUAGCUGCACCUGGUAGUGACAUGCCCAGCUACAAGCUCAUUGCACCCUCUGGUGACCCCCAGGUUAAACUGGAGGCUCCAGAUGUGGGUGCAGUGGCAGGAGGAAGUGUUUCUAGCACAGGCACUGCUGGAAGUUCGGGGUCACGGCCAUCUGAAAAGCCUGCUGUUCCUCAGCUGUUGCAGGAAAUAAUGGAUGUGGAGCACUUGUGGCACUACAAUGAUCAGGAAAUUCAAAAGCUGGCAGAACAUAGUUCCAGUAGCAAUAGCAGCAAUGGAAGUUCCAGUACCUCUGCAUCCAGUAAUAAUGGCCCAGACUUUCUUUCCAAUUUGUGCAACAUUGCAGAUCACAGGCUUUAUCGUCUUGUGAAGUGGUGUAAAAGCUUGCCUCUGUUUAAAAACAUUUCUAUUGAUGAUCAGAUAGCUUUGUUGAUCAAUGCAUGGUGUGAGCUGUUGCUGUUUUCUUGUUGUUUCCGUUCUGUAUCAACACCUGGUAAAAUCCGUGUCAGCCUAGGCAAAUCAUUAUCCUUGGGACAAGCUCGUGAAUUAGGGCUUGGAGCAUGCAUUGAACGUAUGCUAAACUUCACAGAUCAUCUAAGACGAUUGCGGGUUGAUCAAUACGAAUAUGUUGCAAUGAAAGUCAUCCUUCUGCUCACAUCAGAUGCAAGUGACUUGCGAGAGUCUGAAAAGGUUCGUGACUCCCAGGAGAAGGCUCUGCAAGCACUUCAGCAUUAUACUCUUGCUCACUACCCUGAAAUACCAUCCAAGUUUGGAGAGCUGUUGCUGCGAAUUCCGGAAUUACAAAGAACGUGCCAGGUUGGGAAGGAAAUGUUAUCUGUUAAAAAUAGAGAAGGGGAGGAAGGUCCAAGCUUCAAUUUGCUCAUGGAACUACUGCGAGGGGACCACUGAUAGUGUUAAAAGUCCUUUUGUGCCUUCACGUGACUGUGUACUUGCCUGUAAACAAAGGAGAGCCAUUUUAGGUCACAGUGUAGCUAUGGGUGGUGGUGGUAUUGUGUGGCAGCCAACUGCCACAUUAGUUUUUUGUUGUAUUUUUAUACAAUGAAAGGUUAUUAUAAUCAGCUAAAUACGUACUUAGCCUCAGAACUUUACUGCCUUCUGUAUAUAAUCAAACACAAAACUCCCCAUAAAUUGUAAUGGUGCAAAUUGUGGGCAACACAAGAAAUUUGUUUAUAUGCGUAUUUUAUUACUUUGUAUUUUAUUUUUUUGUAUAUAGAGUCCUGUGAAUUUUUGUGUGUUUGUAUGUGUAAGUAUACAGUUUUAAAGAUUUUUUAAAAAUUGUUUAUCCACAUUUUGUAAGUACUCUUAUGUGACAGUUUUUUAAAGAGAGAUUUUUAUAUUAUUAUAUUAUUAUUAAAAAACUUAAAAUAUAUUACUUGAUGUAUUGUGGUGCAAUGUUAUCAGAUGACUCACCACCAGAUGCUUUCUAAAAGCAUUUUACUUUACAACAUUGUUAGAUAAAAUUUCAAAGCUUUCAAAAAAAUAAAGCUUUAAAAUAACAUUAAGUUGUGAAAAGAGGCUAUGAACUAGUUCUGCUGCCAGAAAAUUGCAGCGCUCCAUUAUGCUGGUCAACACUGGAGUUGCCUCAUCAAAUAUCAAGGUCUUCCUCUUCGCCCCUGAACAGAGAUUGUUCAUCAAGAAAAAUGCCUUUUGCAGAAUGCAGCUGAAAAUUUAGUGAAUUAUACUUUUAAUAGAAAGACAGUUUUAUAAGUAUUGAUUAGUGUGUCUCUAGCUUGCAUAAAACUCCAGUGAGCAGCAAUAACCAUCCACAGCCUUGGAGCUUUUGGUAUAUUGUGUGGCACAUGGACAUCUCAAAUUUUAUCAUUUCCAUAGUCUACAGCAUUUAAAAAAGUAAUGUUAUUUUUACUAAAGAGGAAAAACAGUGAGUGUUAUUCAUUUUUAGGGAAACUGUCUUGCCAUCAUAAAUGUUCCCUAUUUAUGUUGAGGCAUUUUGUGAUGUUUACACAACUUGCUCAUUUAAUGGAGAGAUUUUACAUUUUUAAGUUGAAAUGUACUGUCACAGAAAAUAAAGGACUGCAUUUACUUGAAUAGACCAUUGUACAAAUCAACUUUACAUGUGGGUUUUCUGGUGUCAUGAUUAUUUUUUUGUGUCACACAGUAUACAAAGUAACCAGUGGAUGACAAUUCAUAUCCUGUGAUACUACAUGUUAAUGUGAGUGUUCCACAUAAAUUAUGAAUGUUAUUGAUAUCAAUAAUAAUAUUGAUUCCAGCCUUUAAGGCAGAUAUUUCUACAGUCAGGAGAUAUUUUAACUUUUGAAGACUAUUGGUGAAAUUGUGUUUUGGGAGAUAAUUGUGCAAUGAAAGUAAUUUUAUUAGGGUGCUGUCAAACCAUUUAUACAAGACUAUAAUGACGUUAUGUGUGACCGAUUUUGUAUAGUUAUACUUCAGUGACUAUUGUAUCAUUUCUGAUAGGAUGAUAUCAAAUCGAUUGUAAAAUUUACUAGAGUAGGAUAUUCUGGAUGUUUUCCUAUCUCCUAUUGGUUGGAUGAAUUCUUUUUUCUAUAUGUGAUUAAAAACAGCAGAUCCUUUCUCUUUUAUGUGGAAAUAAACUGACCUAAUUAAUUACUGAACAUGACAUUGUUUUGUUGAAACAGCCAUAAAAUAAUGUUAACAGAUAAUGACUGAUAAAUUGUGAUAAUUGCUGAUGUGCCUCUGGUCCUCAUUGUGGCCUCAAAAUACAAUGACAAUGAAACUAAUUUUCACUGUCAUGUAAUGUCAAAAAGAUAUAGAUGUUCAUAAAAAAUCAGUGUAACAUGAUGAGCACAUUUACAAAAUAUAUGAUGACUGUGACACUUUUGCCACUUCAUUCUAGUCUAUGGGAACAAUGUAUGUCAUAGUAAUACAGAAUUAAUUCUUCCACUUUCAAAUCAUUGGCUUUAUUCCAAUGAAAAUAAGAUUUUCUAAAAUGGAGAAAGACAGUUGUUUAGUAAAUUAAAGGCAGUUAGCACUGCUCCUGUUACUUGUCAGUUUUCUAUAGUUAUUUGAAAUCUGUGAUUUAAAAAUUGGAAUUCUAUCAAUUUUGUGUAAUUUACAAAUUGCAAGAACACAAAUGCAAUACUUCAAAGUAGUUAUUCAUAUUCUAAAAAUGUUAUUAAAACCCUGUUGAGUAGGGUGAAACACCAGAUAAUCAUAUCUAAAACAUUAUGGCAAUUAUAUUUAACAUGUUAUGGAGUCAAAAGAUUCUUGUCUCAAAUUACUGUUUUCAUAUACUUCGUUGUGUAAUAUAUCUGAUAAUGCAAGGCUGGCUGUUCUAUACCACAUUGUGAACUAAAUUUUGAGUUCUUUCAGAAUUUAAUAAUUCAUUGAGUGGUAAUAGUUUAUAAGUGGGAGCAGUUUGUGUGUGAUAGAAACAAAUGUCUAAAAUUCUAUAACAUAGCGACAAAUCCCCUAGGAAGAAGUUACUCUUUGGAAUAAAGCGUGAGCUGCUCCAUUCUGUUUAGCAUGUGUAAACACCAUGACAUUUCCAUUGUCUAAAUUUUGUUUCAGUAUGGUAACUCAUAUGUUGCAGGAUAUUCUCAUUUUCAGAGUCCAUGUACUUUUCUUUCUCAUAAUUGCAAACAAAUUACCACUGGCAAGUGAAACUUUUCAGAUAAUUUUUGUCUAAUUUAACUGGAAUGGUGGUAGAGCUCUGUAGAGGACAAAUUUAUGAACAUAAGACACGCAAAAAAUGGGAAAACCAUUUAUUUUUCUUUUUAAUUUUGUGUCCCAGAUGUUUUAACAGAUAAUUUUUCAGUAUUCUGUACCACAAAUAGACUGACAGCAUAAAUAUUCAACAACAAGUGAAAUGUGAAAUUUUAAAGCAAUUGUUUUGGUGUUAGUAUCUCAGAAAAUAAUUUCAAAAUCUCAGCACAUAUGAUGAAAUGUGCAAAACACGCAAUGUUGAAUAAAAAGGUGUGAAACCAUUCAUAACCAUGUACAUCAAUGUAUGUCUUGAUUGAAACCUUUCCCUGAAAUCAAAAGAGUGAAACACCAAGUGAAAUCUCUAAAUUAUUUUUGUGUAAUAGUAAUGUGCUCAUUUGCAAUGGUUGAAUGACAAUAAAUGUUGAUUUCAGCA